AUUGAAAGCGGCGAAAUAUAACGAAACCGUCUGACAUUUCUCUACUUCCGACAGCGCAACUGUCAAAUUCUUUCUUUUUCGUAUUUUUACGAUAGUUGUUUGGUUGAACACAACAAAGCACACUCACAAUGAAGUUGAACAGGUUCGUGUCGUCUUCCCGCAGGAAGAAUCGCAAGCGCCAUUUCCAGGCCCCUUCCCACAUUCGCCGGCGUCUUAUGUCCGCUCCCCUAUCGAAGGAGUUGCGCCAAAAGUACAAUGUCCGUUCUAUGCCCAUUCGCAAGGAUGACGAAGUGCAAGUUGUUCGCGGCCACUUCAAGGGCAAUCAAGUAGGCAAAGUUGUGCAAUCCUACCGUAAAAAGUUCGUUGUUUACAUUGAGAAGAUUCAACGUGAAAAUGCCAAUGGUACCAAUGUAUAUGUGGGUAUUCAUCCCUCCAAGUGUUUAAUUGUCAAAUUGAAAUUGGACAAAGAUCGUAAGGCCAUUUUGGAGCGUCGUGGCAAGGGACGUUUGGCUGCUUUGGGCAAGGACAAGGGCAAAUACACCGAAGAGACAGCUGCUGCCCAGCCAAUGGAAACCGCCUAAGCCCAUUUAUUAUAGUAGUUCAUCAAACAACAAAAACAACAACCAAAUUGAAAAACAUCAAUAUCAAGACCAACAACAAACUUGAUAACAAUAAUGUCGGAUUAUGGUGGCAUGGAAGGAUAAAGUCCGUGACUUGCUGCCCAGGCCACCGUUUUUAUUACGAUCUUGUGAUUGUGGAGUGUUUUAUUUUUUAUUAAAAUAAAAAACCCUUAAAAUAAAGAAA